CGUCCGUUUCCUUCUCCCUUUGCUCAUCAGGGGUAGGUAGUUACCUCGAUCGAUCGAAGAAAGAGAAAAUUUCGAAACUUUGAAGGAAAUAAUCGAAUUCCAUGGCGGAUCGGAUAAAGGGUCCGUGGAGUCCGGAGGAGGACGAUCAGUUGCGGCGGCUGGUGGUUAAGUACGGUCCCAGGAACUGGUCGGCGAUAAGCAAGUCGAUCCCUGGUCGCUCGGGGAAAUCUUGUCGGCUGCGGUGGUGCAACCAGCUGUCACCGCAGGUCGAGCACCGUCCCUUCACGCCGGAGGAGGACGACACCAUCUUACGAGCGCACGCACAGUUCGGCAACAAAUGGGCCACCAUCGCUCGCCUCCUCAACGGCCGUACCGACAACGCGGUCAAGAACCACUGGAACUCCACGCUCAAGCGCAAAUCCGGAGGAAGCGACGGUAGUUCCCCCGGCGGCGGAGGAUACGAAGGUAGUUUCUCCGCCUCAGAGGAGCGGCCGCUGAAGAGAUCUGCGAGCGCGGGCUCCGACGGUGCUGCGCCGGUGGCCACCGGUAUGUACAUGAGCCCGGGGAGCCCGACGGGAUCUGACGUCAGCGACUCCAGCACUGUUCCUGUCUUGCCCUCGUUCCAUUGCCACGUGUUCAAGCCGGUGGCGCGUCCUGGCGGCGUUGUCGUGCCGCCGGUGGAGACGUCGGCUUCGUCUGACGACCCACCGACGUCGCUGAGCCUGUCACUUCCCGGAGCAGAUGUCAGCGAGGUGUCGACAAACACGGGUUCGAGUCACAAUACGAUGCCGUUUCUGUCAUUGGCGAAUCAAAACGCAGCUAAAGUCGAUGGCAAUGGAAAAGGAUUCGGUGGGUCGAGAGCUGAUUUCAUGGCGGUAGUUCAUGAAAUGAUAAAGGUGGAGGUGAGGAACUACAUGGCGGAGAUGCAGGGGAAGAACAGUUUAGGGUUCGUGGGAUUGUACGAUUCCGGCAACGGUGGAUUCAGGGAUAGCGAUAGAAUCCCGAAGAAUCAGAUCGGAGUUGGGAGGGUCGAGUAGAAUUUCAGAUUAGGAAGCCACAGUGUUCGAACCGGAAAUGUGAAAUUGAGAGGACACGUGGGUGCUGUGUUUUAUCAUUGUGGGGCACUUUGGGAGAACAGAAAUUAGGGCUUUUUUGGUUAAACGAACGAAACGAACAGAGAAAUCUCGAGAGAGAUGUCCGAUGGACAAUAUAAUUUCGUAACGGACGUCAUUGGAUGAUUCUUUCUCCUCUUAAACGUAUGUAACCAUAAUGAUUGCCCCCACCUUAAAGUUUGAUUUUUCUACAAAAGAUCCAUAACCGACGGGUACAGGAUGUUAAGAUUUUAAUGUAUAGAUUUCUCGGACCAGACGGUUACAAAAUCUUGAAAAGUUCCUCAGCCUA